AUGCAUCUGCAAGGUUGGAUUCGGCGACACGGUCUACUACAACCGCACAGGAUUGAUAUAACGGCUUCCGUUGUCGAAGUAAGGACAUCCAUGGAUCGCUUUGGUGUUGACAACUUACAAAAUUAUGCCAGCUGGCAGAACAAGAAGCAAGAUCUCCUGGUGCUACUCAACGAAUGGAAGCUAUGGGUAGAGAUACGGGUUGCUCUAGGAGCAAGGAGCGACGAGAAGCAAUAUCAGUCAAGUGAUAGUGCCGCUUGGUUCAAAUGGGCCAAUGGUGUUCCUGAAGGCUGCCUUUAUUAUUUGAGUGCACUAGCCUGCAAGAAUCACAUUGGCGCAGCCACUGGUGCUGAUCAUCCAUUCAAGAAGCUUAUCAAAGACUUUGGGCCCGAAAGAUGUGAAGAUGACCAUUGGAUGGAAGACGAGGAUCAAGUGCGUGCAGCUCUUUCACGACGUAGUCGUUACAUGUUGGGUGGUUUGGAAGGCAAUGCUUUGAUCAAUCAUAUGCGGCAGUUAUCUGAAUCACGUUGGAUGCGCGAUCGACUCCCUUUUCAUUCACUUCUUGAAGGGUCUCAAGUCAAGAUUACAAGAAAUGGCUCACUUGUUGUGUUACGAUGGAUGUGA